AUGAAGUCAAGGAACGAGCUCAUUAGUGCACUGGGCAAGAUCAACACCAAAUUAGCUGCACAGGCAGCUCUGGACCAUGCGCUCGACCUUCUUCGCCUGAAUCCCCAGGACAACAUGUAUGUACGCAGCUGCGUGCCAACCCUCUUCCUCCGCUUGGGGCGAGACCAGGGGUGCUACUCUUUCUGCAAGUGGUGGGUGACGGUCGGACACGAUUACGACUACGACUGGAGGGACACUCGACCAUCCCAGCUCAUCAUGAAGAAUACAGAUGCGUUCGAGCCCGUCGAUGCUUUCGAGAGGGUCAGGAAUUUCACCAGGCCUAAUCCUAAUAACAAGAACGUGCCGAGCUUCUCUGACCUCUCCCACGUCGUCGCCGUCACGUUGGUCAAGAUCCGUAUACUCUUGACUCUCAACGGUACCUCACCCACCUACAUGAGUCCCAUCGUCACCGGCAACCUCGUCAUCAUGAGCGCGCAGAACCAAAAGGCGAACAUUGAGAAGCUCGACAGGCAGAUAAAAAAACUAUACGAUUCGGUGAAGCGCAUCAACAAGCGUUUCUGGCCCGCUCUCUUGAAACCAUAUUACCAUUUUACAGUCACUCCAUAUGAGUACGGGAUGGGUGACGAGGGGGAGAUGCAGAGACCCAUCCCAACACACGGCCACUGUUUACAACAACAACAACAAGUCUACUAA